UUACGAAAUAGUGUGGAGAUCCAGAAAUCUAACUGAUAAGAGAAAUCUGUAGACAGUGCACGGGGAAUAGCAAAUUGUGUUCAAAAACAGAGCUUACCAGUUUAGACAAGUGUGAGCAGCCGCAUCAAUCUUAAAAUGGCUUCAACCAUACAAAAUACCGUGAAAGUGGCUCUGCGAAAACGUAUGACGGAGGUAAUUCAGGGAAUUUCACCAGAGUCUAUUGCCAAACAAUCCCGAGCCGUGACAUUGAAGGUCCUUGAAAGCGAAGCCUUUCGGCAGGCCCAACGUGUGAGCAUUUAUUUGAGUACUACGGGUGAACUGGACACCACCGCAUUACUGGUUGAAAUGUUUCGGUUGGAGAAAAUGGUUUUUGUGCCCACCUACCAAGGGAAGACCAUGAAAAUGGUUCGUUUACAGGGAAUCGAAGACUUUGAGAAUUUGCCACUGACCAAAUGGAACAUUAAGCAGCCCGAUUUCAAAGAAUCUCGGGAAGAUUGUAUGACCAAUGGUCAUGGAAUUGAUCUAUUUCUAGUUCCCGGUGUCGCAUUUACUCGUCAAGGAUCUCGGAUGGGUCAUGGUAUGGGCUAUUAUGACAAAUUUCUGACUCGGCAUGCGGAGAAAUAUCCUCAAAAAAAAUCACUUAUCAUGGCUUUGGCAUUAAAUGAGCAGAUCGUAGGCCCCGAUGAAGUCCCCAUGGAAUCUCAUGACAUUCGUUUAAAUUUUGUUAUAACAGAAAAGUGAUUAAAUGCGUCAGCUUCUAUUAUAGAGAUUAAAAUACAUAGAUAAAGUUGCAUAAUCGAA